AUGGAUACAAGUAGCCACAGUCACCUUGUUUUGGCAGUCUACAUUGUGACCUUCAUUACAGGAUUACCCUCCAAUUUGUUGGCAUUCUACACUUUUUUUACCAGAGUACGACAGAAGCAAACUCCAGUAGACAUCCUUCUUCUCAACUUAACUAUUUCGGACCUUGUCCUUAUCAUGUUUCUACCUUUCAAGAUGAGGGAGGCAGCGGCUGGGAUGAUUUGGGAUAUGCCCAUAUUUUUGUGUCCAAUCACUGGCUUUUUUUACUACAGCAGCAUCUAUAUCAGCACAUUAUUCCUGACCGCUGUUAGUGUGGAACGUUACCUUGGGGUGGCUUUUCCAAUAAAGUACAAACUUAACCGCAAACCUAUGUAUGCCGUGAUUGCAAGUAUCUUGUUUUGGUUCCUGGCUUGUGCUAAUUGUAGCAUUGUCUACAUUAUCCAGUAUGCACUGCCAAACAACGACAAGCAGGUCAAUCACUCGACAUGCUAUGAAAACUUCACCAACGAACAGCUAAAGAUUCUACUACCGGUACGAUUAGAACUUGGAUUGCUACUAUUUUUCAUUCCAUUCAUAAUCACCCUUUAUAGUUACAUUAACUUUAUCAAGAUUUUGAUGAAUUUGCCCAACAUUCAACGAAAACGGAAGCAAAGGGCAAUUGGUUUAGCCUUGGCAACUCUUAUAAAUGUUUGCGUCUGUUUUGCUCCAUACAAUAUCUCCCAUAUAGUUGGAUUUAUAAAAAAUGAGAGCCCAAAAUGGAGAGUUAAUGCAUUGCUUUUCAGCACUUUAAAUGCCAGUUUGGAUCCAGUUGUCUUCUAUUUUUCUUCAACUGCAUUUCAAAAAGUGUUUUUUGACUGCUUACGGGGAACCUUGAGGAAAACACGAGUUUUUUUCCUUUGUCAAAAAGACUUUUCACCUGACUGUGAGAUACAUUAUAAUGAAAAUAAUACAGAAAAAUCAUCAUCAGAUGUUUUAAAUGCCAAGGAAUCUUGA